AUGGCUACUCUGCUGUGGGAUAUUUUGCAGAGGGAUAAUCCUGCCGGCAGGCUCCUGAAACCACAAGGUUCCUCCUCGACCCUUGCGCAGGGAACUUUUGCAAAGCGUGCAAAAGUCUCCGAAUAUGGAGCGAGACCAGCAGCACCUGCAGCCCUUCUUCUGCGUGGAAAGGUUAUGAGAUCAAGGGGCUUUAUGCCACCGGGGAGAAAUGCGGCCGCACGCAGGUCCGACCUGGAGGGAGUCAGAGGCCCAGAGGGCCGGCUGCAGCGACUCAGGUUGCUGCUCCCUCCCAGCGCCGCGGCCGCAGCUGCUGCUUUCGUGCCUCUUCCCCUUCCAGGCGACCGGCCUGCAGGGAGAGGGCGCGCGAGACGGUCCCGGGACCUGAGAAACUGCAGCGGCGAGAACUUCUGCAGCAGAGCGGCGCGGGCGACCCUCCGCACAGCGCCUUCGCCCGAGGCGCUCUUGGAAAGGCCGACGGCUGGUGCGGGGAGGGAGCGCUCCCCAGUUGGUUUGCGCUUGGAGAUGGAGCCGGGCGGCAGGAAAGUCCCAGGUGGAGGGACACCCCUCCGGGGAAGGGGAGCCAGGAGCCGUCCUCGCCCGCCGACGCCUUUGCUCUCCUUUUGGAUGGCCGCGCUGUGCCUCAAGGCAGCGCAGUGCCUGCCAGAAUGCCAACCUGGGGGCCAUCAGAUUCUUCACAGUCCAUAUCGGAGUGUUGAUUUUGAUUCAUCACGGCUUCAGCAGUCAGCUAUUCAGGAGUUAAUAUGCGAUCAUUCAUUGACAUCUGGAUGGUAUCGCUUCGUAAUUUUUAAUAAACCGGCUGAAAUGCCUACCAAGUGCGUGGAGAUUAAUCACUGUGGAACGCAAGCUCCCAUCUGGUUGUCUCUGGGAGAGUCAGAAUCCAUGCCUCAGCCUGGUGAGAUCAAACACUUAACAGCCUGUGCAACUUGGCAGUUUUUCUUCAGCACUGCAGAAGACUGCUGCCUUUUCCGAAUUCCUGUCAGUGUGAGGAACUGUGGAGAUUUCUUUGUAUACUUGCUCCAACCUACCCAGGGGUGCAUGGGGUAUUGUGCAGAAGGAGAUUCAGAUGUGGAGCCUGAGAAUGUCCAGUAAGUAGACUCUUGUUCUUCCCCCCUCUUAUUAGGUAGAUCUCCUCCUUCACAGCUGCAACUUUUGCCACCACCCCCUCCAAGCAUCCCUGAAAUUGUGGCAGAGUUAGUUGAAGACAGUGUUUUCUUAAGGUGCACCUUUGAUGUUCCUACUGCAAACACCUCCGUGGGCUUUGUUGUGGCUUGGUCCAGACUGUCUCCUGAAGGCAUCAAAGAAGAACUGAUACAAGAGACAACAGUGCAGACAUUCUCCAUUUUAGAACUGGAUGGUAUAAACCUCAGACUUGGAGACAGAAUUUACUGUAGCAGUUCUGCCUUCUUCUUAGAAAAACCAGAAAUGCAGAGCCCACCUACUGAGAGCGUGGAAUUUUUUGCAGGGAUUAAGCUGCAUCCUGAGGCAUUUACUAUAUCAGAAGAUGAAAAACAAUACAGGCUGACAGCAGAGAGCAAAAUUCCCAUUCCUUGUCCUGAAGCAAGCCAGCUUGAAAAUGACUGCAAAAUCUCAUUAAAAUUAACCACGAUAGAGGAAGGUAAAGAUCAGUGGGGCUUAAACUUGGUACUUUCUUCCUGCCAUGUGGACCUCUUUCAGCAUCCCUGCCACAAUAAAACCUGCAGCCAGGCUAGUGUUCUUUUUGCUGCUGUGUCUGAUUUCCUUCAAGAUGGAGACAGAGUAACCAGAAUUGUGGCUGACCCUAUCAUUAGUGACAAUUUCCUGUGGAAUAAUUACAUACCAGAAAGCAUUCAGGUUACUGUGAAGGAUUUGCCUUCUGCUUAUUGCUACUCUUUUACUGACCCACAUAUCAUUACAUUUGAUGGCAGAGCAUAUGACAAUUUUAAAACAGGAACGUUCGUGCUAUACAGAAGUAACUCUCGUGAUUUUGAAGUCCACGUGCGUCAGUGGGACUGUGGAAGCCUUUAUUACCCAGCAUCAUGCAACUGUGGUUUUGUUGCCAGAGAAGGGGCUGAUACAAUAGCGUUUGACAUGUGCAGUGGCCAGCUUCAUGACUCACAGCCUCAGUUAUCCAUAAAGAGCAGAGAUUCUGCAGACAGCUAUGUCAGGAUCACUGAAUCAUACCAAGGAAGGAAAGUCACGAUCUCAUUUUCUUCUGGAGCUUUCAUUCGAGCUGAUGUGAGUGAAUGGGGAAUGAGUCUGACACUGAGAGCCCCCAGCUCAGAUUAUAAACAUACUUUGGGACUUUGUGGAACUUUCGAUGGCAAUUUAGAGAAUGAUUACCACGAUGUGGAUGGAACUGAAAUAGCAGGAGGAACUGAUACUUAUUUGACUUUUAUUAACGAAUGGAGAAUUGCACCAGGAGAGAGCCUCUUUGACAAAACACCAUUUCCUUUAAGUUCAGCCAAGAAAAUACUUUUCUGCAGUUGCAGGGCAGGUGACAUGGGAGCAGAUGAGCCAGUGAAUAAACUGAAAUCGGUUUCAGAAGCAGAAUUUGCUUUGUUUUGUAAAAAAACUGAACAGCAUGCUUGGCUUCCUUCUUUGAUCCCAAGUUUGGACGUUACGGCUGAGUAUAUUAGCUCCAUUGUUCAUGUCAGGGGCUUAAGUAAGCGUGCCUCUGAACAUGAAGAGGAUUCUUUUGCUCUUCUCUCAAGAGAGGUAUGUUCAUAUAAUCAAACAACGCUUCAAGCAGUGUCCCCGAAGCACAUCACUCUCUUUCCAAAUCUGAAGAGUGAUACGAGAACAGAUAAACAAGAUGCCCCACUCUCUGUAACCUACAACUACGCUGACACAUAUCAACAGCAGCACAGAAGACUUCCUGUCAGAAACCGCCCCAAACGGCAGCCUUAUUAUGAAUAUCAUCCUGUAUUCCCACCCCAGAGUCUGAGCCAAGCAGAUCUGGAUGGAUUCAGUUAUUUUUUCCCAGAAGAUCACACAGCUGACACAUACCAUGAGCCCUUGUCCUCCUGGCCCACACCUUCUGGUCUCACUGAGCAGGACGCAGAGAGUCUGUGCCAGGAGGCAGUUGUCAAUUCUAGCAUCGGCAGAGCCUGCUAUGCUCUCCUUGGCCAUCGACUAGAGGAUGCAAUGCACAUGUGUGUCAAGGAUUUACAACUGAAGGAUGAUCUCAACUGGGCAAAGGCAAGUUUAGCCCUCUUGGAAAAUGAAUGUGAAAAGAGGGUUUGGGAAGAAAUUAAUUACAGCACAAAAGAAAAUGAAAGGUUAAUUGAGGACUUGCUUUUAGCAUUGAAGUGUCCCAACCUCUGCAGCAAGAACGGCCAGUGUGUUGAGUGGGGAUGUGCCUGCUUUCAAGGUUUCACCUCUUAUGAUUGCAGUGUGUUGUCUGAUCAGGUUCCAGAAAUUAUAGAGCUAGAUAAUAGAGGAUUGUGUGAUGUUCGGCAAUAUGACUGCACAACUGUAAGAGCUUUCGGCCACGGAUUCAGAGAGUCUCCUGGCCUCAGAUGUGAAAUUAACAAAUUGCAGUACAGUGAUAACAAAUGGGUGCUUGGGGAACCUGAAUUUAUCAACGGUAUCUUCCAUAAUGCCAGGACUGUUGAUUGUCGCCUGUCAGCUGAAGGGCAGCAUUCUGAUUCUGUGGAUCUGGUAGAUGACAAACUAAUUGCAAGAUGGCAAAUCAAGAUUUCUAAUGAUGGACUCACGUAUAGCAACCCUAAAAUGGUGACUUUAUUUGAUGGAGCUUGUCAGUUAUGCAAUCCUCAGAUGGAUGGAUUGUGCAUGUUAAAGGAGAAAACAUGCACCAUAGAUGGACUUUGUUAUGCCGAAGGUGACACGAAUCCUCUGAGCCCCUGCUUACUCUGCAGACCUGAAGUGUCAAAGUUAACAUGGUCAAUUGCAGAAAACAACCAACCUCCUGUAAUUCAAAAUCUACAAGAAAGGCUGCAGACGUUUUAUGGGGAGGACUUCGUAUAUCAGUUCAUGGCCACAGACCCGGAAGGCUCUGCCAUCGCCUUUUCGCUAGAUUCUGGGGCCCCAGGUGCCAAUCUUUCUCCUGCUGGACUCUUGAUAUGGAAGGCAGUGUCUAAAAACACUCACAAAUUUACUUUUACUGUGACAGAUGACUGCAAUGCUGAAGCCGGAGGAAUAAUAGAGGUCACCGUGAAACCAUGCGACUGUUUAAAUGGUGGGUCCUGUGUGACAAAUGUCAGUUUCCCCCCUGGAAGUGGGGAAUACCUUUGUGUCUGUUUGCCAGGGUUUGAGGGUGACCUUUGUCAAGUGAACAUUGAUGACUGCGCCUCCAGUCCUUGUGGCCUCAGCAGAUGUUUCGAUGGAAUAAAUAAGUUCCGCUGCGAAUGUACACCUGGACUGCAGGGCAGGCAUUGCCAAGGAGAUACUGAUGAGUGCACAUCAAGUCCCUGCUUCCCUGGUGUCGUUUGCUUCAACACUGUUGACUCCUAUUAUUGUGGCCCAUGCCCAGAAGGGCUUUAUGGAGAUGGGAAAGUAUGCUAUGCUGAAGAAAUCAAAUCAACAAGUGAAGUUCCUUCUCGUUCUUUGAUUCCUGAAGAUGUGUACAGCAAAAAAGAUGAGCAUAUCGAUCAAGGAUACACAGUUAUUGGUGCCCCUACUGAUGAAAAUAUCUCUGGCUUCCUGCAACAUUCCACUAUGGAGGUUCCAAAUACCGCAAACUUUCCUUCUAAUCCUGCAGAUGUUCCUGAACGUUUUAUUCCCACAGAAAUAGCCAAGAGCACUCCAUCAUCUGUAGCUCAGACAACUAUACCUUCAGAGUUGUUAGUUUCACAGAGAACAGCUUUUAGAAAGCCUGUCAGAAAUGGAUUCCUUGAUUACUCAUUUGAUGUCAGUACUGCAAACAUCCGUUCUGGUAACACAGACAAAAGCUCUGUGUCCAACUCUGUGCCUAAUGUGUCAUUUAGGAACAAUGUAGUAUCUCCUGAGAGGAUGACAAAGAUACCAGCGCAGGUGGUGAGACCUUAUUCUCCCUUAGGGGCCAGCAUAAUGCUGAGUAGCAAAGUGAACGUGAUCAAUGGGACAUUGCUAGAAAACAAAGAAGCUGAAGGCAAAAAUGAUGGCAAGUUUCAAAGCCAAUUUGGAAAGCACGAUAAGGACAACAUUUUACAGUCCACCUUUGAGAUAUUUGCUAUGACACCCAAAGGUCCCAGGACAGGUAAAAAAAAAGAUGCAAUGCCAGUCCCACAGUUACUAACCUGUGCAGAUUCACCCUGUUUUCCUGGUGUUCCUUGUGAAUCAAAUGAAGAGGGGAGCUUCAAGUGUGGUCGUUGCCCUUUUGGCUAUUUUGGAGAUGGUAUCAAUUGUAGAGCAAUAUGCAGGCAUCCAUGUGGUAAAAACAUGAAAUGCGUGGCACCCAAUACCUGCCGAUGCAAAUCUGGUUACUUGGGCCAUGGUUGUCAGGCUGCUCUUUGUCAACCGGACUGCAAAAACAAUGGGAAAUGUGUCAAGCCUAAUGUAUGUGAAUGUGUCCCAGGGUUCAGUGGUUACAUCUGUGAGGAAGCACAUUGUGAUCCACCUUGCCAACAUGGAGGGACGUGUCUACCAAAAAACCUUUGCACUUGCCCAUAUGGUUUUGUAGGUCCACGAUGUGAAACAAUGGUGUGCAACAGGCACUGUGAAAAUGGCGGUGAAUGUCUUUCUCCAGAUGUCUGCCAGUGCAGAGAUGGCUGGUAUGGACCCACAUGUAGUACAGCAGUGUGUGACCCAGUAUGCCUCAAUGGUGGAUCGUGCAUUAAACCAAAUACUUGCCUUUGCCCCAAUGGAUUUUUUGGAGCCUAUUGUCAAAAUGCUGUCUGCAACCCUCCUUGUAAGAACGGCGGUCAUUGUAUGAGAAAUAAUGUUUGCAGUUGUCCUGAUGGCUACAUUGGCAGGAGAUGUGAAAAAAGUAUCUGUGACCCAGUUUGCAUGAAUGGAGGGAGAUGUGUGGGCCCAAAUAUUUGUUCUUGCCCAUCAGGAUGGAGGGGCAAAAGAUGCAACACUCCUAUAUGUCUUCAGAAAUGCAAGAAUGGAGGAGAAUGUAUUGGGCCAAGUACUUGCCAUUGCCCUCCAGAAUGGGAAGGAAUUCAGUGUCAAACACCUGUGUGCAACCGAAAAUGCCUGUAUGGAGGGACAUGCAUACUGCCUAAUGUAUGCUCUUGCCGUCCUGGCUACACCGGAGUCAUCUGUGGGAAAAAAAUCCAGGUAAUUACAAUACAGAUAGUCAAUACUUGA